UGUAUAUGACAAAUGAACACUUUAGAGGAUCUCGACAAUAUUACCAAAAGCAAUACGCUGCUUGCAUGACCAUCUGCAGAGAAAUUGGUUCGAUUGAUCUUCUCAUCACAUAUACUAUGGACCCGGCUGCACCAGAAUUAGACAAUAUACUUCUUGAACAUCAAACCUGGUCAGACCGUCCAAUGGAAGUCUGUCGCAUUUUUAUCGAUAAGCUUGCCGAACUUGUAAAGGACAUUACUGAGCGUGAAGUACUUGGACCCGUCAAAGGAUGGUUUCAUAGUCUUGAACACCAGAAACGGUUUUUAUUAGUUUAUACAUAUGUCUAUAUUGUUUUUAGUGGACUUCCUCAUGUUCAUUUCGCCGUUAUCUUGGAUUGGGAAAAAAUUCGCAAAUCUGGCUGUAUAACAUCAAAAGAAGAAUAUAUGUCACAGUAUAUUUCUGCUGAAAUACCGGAUUUGCCAAUACCAGAAGAUCGCAGAGAAUCGGCAGUUUUACAAAGGCUUUUGCAUAAAAUUGUUGUGACAAAACAUGUUCAUACAUGUAACCAACAUUGCCUGCGAGAAGGAUUAAGAAGAUGUGCUAAACGUUUUCCUCACAACUAUUCCGAUAAUAACAUCUAUUCGGACAAUUCUUACCCAAAAUAUCGACGCCGUCCUCCACCACCAUCGGAGAUUGAACGCAAAAAUAAUCCUGAUUUAUAUGGAAAUUCUCAUGAAUAUACCGAUCGUUAUGGCAAACAUCAUGUUGUUACAAAUCAAUAUGUUGUUCCCUAUAACCAUUUUCUUCUUUCGAAAUACAGAUCACAGUAUCUUUAUUUUUUAAUACAAUUUAAUUUUUCGUUUAGCAUUAACGUUGAGCUUGUAGCUGGAGAUGGAUGCGUAAAAUAUGUGACUAAAUAUGUGAUGAAAGGUGCCGACAUGGCAUUCAUUAGAAUUGAACAAGAUGGUGUUGAAGGAGGUGCUUGGAGGUAUGACGAGUUUCAUCAACUUCGUCUUGCACGAUACAUCACAUCUAUGGAGGCUUUUUUGUCCCUUUGGGGUACAAAAUUGGUCGUGAGAUCUCAUAUUGUAUUUUUUUCUAUUUUUUCUAUUUUUUUAUUUAUUUGGUUUAGGUUGACGAGCUUGACAUUCACGGCCCUCAGGGUCAUCAUGUUGCUAUUGAAGAAGGUAGAGAGUUAGAGAUUGCUGAAGAAGUUCAAAAGAGAUUAAACGAAGGAGAAGAACGCCGCACCCAAUUAACUGCCUAUUUCGAUUUCA